AUGUCGCUGUAGUCCACUUCCUGCUUCUCUGCCCUGGUUUCGCCUGAACAGCUGCCUCAGCCCGUUUUUAUCCGACGAAAGACACCAUGUCACAUCAGACGGGCAUUCAAGCGGGUAACGAUGUGAAGGACGUCUUCGCCAGUGCCAGGAGCGGCGACAAAUAUCGUGUCUUAAAGAUCGUCAUCGAUGGGGAGCAGCUGACGAUGGACACUACUAAGAAAGCGUCAAAGAAGUGGGACCAGGAGUAUGAUUCCUUAGUGAUGCCCCUCCUGGAGGAUGACGUGCCCUGCUAUGUUCUGUACCGGCUGGACUCCACCAACAACCAGGGCUAUGAGUGGAUCUUCCUGGCCUGGUCACCAGACAACUCCAUUGUGCGAAAUAAAAUGUUAUAUGCUGCUACCAGAGCCACAGUGAAGAAAGAGUUUGGAGGAGGGCACAUCAAGGACGAGAUUUUCGGUACCACGAAGGAUGAAAUGACUCUCAUCGGGUACAGGAAAUAUCUGGCCGCGCAGGCUGCUCCCCUGCCCCUCACCGCUGCAGAGGAGGAACUGAGAAAGAUAAAGCUAAAUGAGGUGCAGACGGACAUCAGUGUGGACACCAAGCAGCAGACUCUGCAGGGAGUGGCCUUCCCUAUUCACAAAGACGCUGUUGCAGCACUGGAACGUUUUAGGGACAGAAAAAUCAAUUACGUACAACUGGAAGUAGACGCUCAACAGGAGCUGAUUCGGUUGUGCAACACUGAGCCAACAGAGGUGAAAGACCUGCCAUUGAGAAUCCCUAAAGAAAGUGCACGUUACCACUUCUUCCUCUACAAACAUUCCCACGAAGGCGACUACUUACAGUCCACAGUAUUCAUUUAUUCUAUGCCCGGGUACAACUGUAGCAUCCGAGAGAGGAUGCUGUAUUCCAGCUGCAAAAAUCCACUGGUCGACAUGGUGGAGCACAACCUCCAGAUUGAGAUUGAGAAAAAGCUGGAGAUUGAAAGCGGGGAUGAGUUGACCGGUGAUUUCCUGUACGAGGAGGUGCAUCCCAAGCAGCAUGCACACAAGCAGGCCUUCGCCAAGCCCAAAGGCCCCGGGAAGAGGGGGGGCCGCCGCAUCACCCGACCCCCCGCAGAGGCAGACGAGGAAGAUUAAACAGACCUCAGCACCCGACCGCCACCUCCACCUCCACCCCUAUCACGUUCCACAGUGGAGCAUUCCUGCGAUAGUGGGGGGGGUGGUGGGGGAAUCAUAUAUGACACGCUUGUUUAAAAGAAUAAGACAACAACUUCAAAAUUCCCACAAAGUCCCCCAGAGACCCAACUAUGCACGCCAAGGAAAACUGAGCAAUGACACACUUCAGAAAAUUCCAUUUGUAGCUUGCCAAAUGGAAGCAUAUUCAUGUAUGUUAGCACAGUCACAAGAAUUAAUUCACAAUGAGUCAAAGAGUCCCAAACAAAGUUUUUUUCCAUUGUUGCCAGCUGUGAGACUUUAAAAGGUGUUAGUUAGAGACUAAUGUGAACUUGCGCCAAUAUGAUAAAAAAAAAUCCCCCCAUUUUUGAGUUCACAUGCUCAAAUUCUUAACUUGCAUUCCUUCAGUCUGUGUCAAUUAAUGUUUCUGUGUCUAAUGUGUUGAACAUUUGUCUCCUACUGUUUGUGAAACGCGGUGCUCCAAAGCAGAAAAGAUAGAAUUAUCCCACUUGCGUCUAUUGGUUCAUUUUAACAGUGCAUUUUAUAUUGGAAAAUUGACUUCUUUUUUGAUAUAACUGUGGUUUACAUGAAAGAAAAAAAAUCAUCUGCUGAGAAACUUAUUUUUCUAUGCAAGUGCUGUAAAUGUACAUACUGUAGCUGUGUGAUGCUCUAUGAUUAAGAAACAGUCAGGUCUGUUCUGGUGAUUGUCUGUGUCGGUGAGGUUCACAGUGGAAAGAACGGGCUUCCAGAAAUAUUACAUCAAUAUUUCUCAGAUUUCCCUCAGAGGAAGCUACUCAAACUUUGCCGGUUCCCACCCAAGCAAGCGGAUAGGAAAGGGAACACUAUUAGUACCUUGAUCAAAAUAUUGCCACAUCCACUGGUCUACUGAUUCAUAUUAGGCAAACUACUAAGCUCACCUCAUAUUCUGAAGGGAAAAUCAUUUCCUUUAAAUUCAUACUGUCAUUCUAAUAGAAAAACAAAAGUCAUGUUUGGUCUUAUUUGUUUUCUUACAAACUUUCUUUUUAAAGAUGAAAUAAACAAAAUAUUUAAAUCACA